CGUCGAGUUGUUGAUCUGCGCUUGUAAAGGUGACAUUUCCUUCUCCGCUUUGGAAGAAUUUUCAAAUUCCGGAAGCUUCUUAGUUCUCCAUCUCAUCCUCGCGUUCUUGCGCCGUUUGCGUGCUGGGAACCGCAGAUCCAGGUGAAAUUCGGGAGAGCCAGAGAUUUCUACGUCUUCGUUCGAUUGAUCCAUGAAUCCUAGAAGGGACCAUCGUGGGACAAGAAGUUCCGUCUUCGAUGGAAUCGAAGAGGGUGGGAUCAGGGCUGCACCAUCGUACUCCCACGAAAUCGAUGAACACGAUAAUGAACGAGCCUUGGAUGGAUUGCAAGACCGAGUCAAUCUUCUGAAACGGUUAUCUGGUGAUAUAAAUGAAGAGGUGGAGACCCACAACCGCAUGCUUGACAGAAUGGGAAAUGAUAUGGAUUCGUCAAGGGGAAUCCUCUCAGGAACCAUGGACCGAUUCAAAACGGUGUUUGAGACAAAAUCAAGCAGACGAAUGUUGACACUCGUGGCGUCGUUCGUGGCUCUAUUCCUAGUCGUAUACUAUCUUACCCGUUAAUCCGCAGCGUAAAAAGGGCUCUUGAUCUUCAUCGUGCUUUUGAAGCUGAAUGAUAGUUGUUCACUCGGUUCACGGCUCUUACAAGAUAUAUACAUAUCAUAUAUAUCCGUUUUGUAAUGGCUAUUAUGCUUUCAGUGUUAGAUAGAUAUAGUCGUGGGGGAUGAUAAUACAGUGGUGUUCAUACGAAUGGAAAAGAACAUAAGACCCGUUUCGAGUUUUUCGGAGAUAUAUCUGUAUAUUGUCCAAACAUUUACGAGGAAUAAAAACAAUAGUGGGCCGUUGGUUGUGUCGUUA